GAGAUGGAUCCUUUGUACGAAUAGAAUAUAUCUAUUACCCUUCAUAUGAACAUAGAAUUAAAUGUCUGAAAAGUCGAUGCUUCUUCUCAUAUGGAUGACAAAGAGUUAUUCCAAAGAGCCAGACGAUCCAAACGCUUCUACGAUUAGAGUUGAACAAUGCUAGGUCGUUAGGUCGCUAAAGUCACUGGUAUCAAAUUGACUAAGCAGUCAAUAAGGUAAUAAAUGCCCACAGCAAGCAAUGUGCUACCUUCUCUUUUAUUUCGCUUCUCUUCUUUACUUCCUCCUCCUUAUAUAGUGUCACGAUGUCGAGCUUUUUGUAGAUCCGGUAUCUACCCCCGUUCUUAACAUGUACACCGCUGUUGAUCGUCGCCGAACUUGGAGUAUGCGACUCCUCUUAAGUGUUGAAUCUAUAUUGAAGAAUGAGUUGUAAUAUGGAGUAACGCGCAUGAAAGUCUCCCGUGGUUGGUCUUUUGGCGUUUUUAUUAUGUUCACUGGAGUAUUAAGCGCGUUUCUUUUUGCAUCAGCAUCAGCACCUAUGACGAUCCCAAUGAAAGAAAGCCGCCUAGGCUGGUUCUCGCUCAAAUCAGAUGGAACCGAACAUUACAAUGCGGAUUCGAAGAGGCUGGAGAAAUCCAUAUAUAUAUUUUUUCUUUCGUUUCUAAUCGUCGACCCUUGGUCUUAAUAAGAGAGGCUCGAAAAAUAUGAUAAAUGACUAAAAAGGUUUCGGAGAUGUCCACGAAUGAUUUUUAGAUGAUGACCAUGCGGCCAUGCAAGGAAAAUAUUAUGAAACACGUUCAAGCGCGGGUCGGUUGGGAUUAUCCUGGAGUAACAUGGCGGUCAUGGUCGCAGCAUAUAACUUUUUAAGAUAUCUAAUUUUGAUAUUUUACUGAGCGACGGACCGACUCUUGCAACGUUACAGGAAAUAUAAUUAUCGUGUUCUGGGUAUUGCUGAUCAUGAAGAAUAGAAUAGCCAACUAUACUGAAUAACAAGCCUGAGACAUCUUCUAUACUGAGA